AUGGAAGCUGCCAUCAGAUGGUCUCCACAUGCGACGCAGCAUUUGCCGCGCUUCCUGAUCAUUGACGUCGCGACCAAUCGCCUGCGACUGUGUCAAAUCGAGAAGUAUGAAAAGAACAAGGUGAAGUACAAGCAGCUGUGUCUCCGCGACAAGUUGCCCAACUACACGGCCUUCGAUUGGUCCAAGCAGGAUGAGGCUGUUGUAGGCAUUGGGUCUGCGUCAGGAGAAGCGACAAUCGUGCAGAUCGAUCCAGAUCGUCCUCAAGGAGAAUUCAUACACUCGUUUCCCAUACGGCAUCAACGAAAGUGCAACUCCAUCGCUUUCAGUUCCAAGAACUACGUGGCCACCGGGCUUGACAGAGUGCGGAACGAUGUGUGCCUAAACAUCUACGAUCUCAAUAAUCCUAACGUUACAUCUACUUCGGAGCCUUACAAGAAGUUAGCCAGCUCUGAGGCAAUAUCCAGUAUCAAAUUCUUUACGAAUCAGCCAGAUACCCUUGUUGCCGGCGUUUCAAGGCAGUGUAUUCGUCUUUACGAUCUUCGGGAUUCAUCUACCUCGGGGGUUGCUCAAUACCCCACCCGACAGGUACACAACAUUGCUAUCGAUCCUUUGGACGAGAAUUACUUCAUCUCUGCUGGGACCACCGGUGAUCCCACUGUCACCGUCUGGGACCAACGCUAUGUCAAACAAAGAAGCAACAACGACGGUGCAGUAUUAGAUUUUCGACCUAUCGUCGACAACAGUCAUUCUGCUACGAUAUGGAGCUUGCGUUACUCAGGAACAAAGAAGGGAACCUUUGGCGUCCUAGCGAAUACGGGCGAGUUCAAAAUCAUUGAGCUUGCGCAACAUUCCCAUCACCCGGAGCCUGACCGUUCCAUGAAAGCCGGGCCCCAUAACCAAGCAUGGGAGUCACAGCAUUACACAAAGGUAUCGCACAAUCUACGAUACCCCUCCUACGACGCUCGUAGCGGCAAACAAGAUCUUAGCCGCGUCGUGGCGUAUGAUUUCAUGAGUCCAGGAAAUCCCUUUGCAGGACCCUCAGCACUUGCUCUGCAUCCGAAUAGGGAAAUCGGCAUAUUGCGAAUACCACCUCCCGCCCCUCGAAUAAAUGUGACUGCUUUGGAAGAAAUAUAUAAGGACCGCACGCCAAUUGCCAGACCCAGUCCACGAGAAGGUGCUGUUGCAGAUGAUCUGAUCGAGCUGCAAAACCAAACACUGAGUGAUAAACUCGAGGUGAAGCCAGACCCUCGAGACUCUCUCAAUGGAAGACUAGACAGACUCAAUGUCGAAACUUCGCACCGGAGUAUACCGCUGGAGUCGGCAUCUCAUUCGAGCCAUCAGAUGCACCAAGACCUUCUUACGCUUGCAUAUCCUACUGUGAAGCUACCCGUUGACGAUCUGCUCAAGGUCCUGCAGACUCAAAAGCGACGUUGUCAGGAAGGGUACAACCUCGAUUGCCGUAAGAACAAAGAUAUUGUGUCAAAUGACCCCUGGCUUGUAGAUGCCUGGAAUCUAGUGGAACGGAUGGAAGCGCACGCCUCCAACGAUGGCAUGGCUGCUAAGGAAGGCCUCGACCUUGCAUACCUAGGUGUCACAGAUAUCUGGGCAAAUGAGCUUACGAUGUAUGAUCAACGGCAGGUUGAUCCUGAUGCCAAAACAUCUGAGCAAGUCUUCACCGAUACCGUAGUGGAAAUUUGCGAAAAGAAAGAAUUUCCGCCUUUCGCUGGCGUUGCCACACACCAUCCAGACCACCGCCAACUUUGUCUUUCCCUUUGCGGCUGGAAUCUUUCCAAAAGGGGUCUACGCGAGCGCUGUGGUUUACUCGUAGAUGAAGGCCAAUACUACAAAGCUAUAGUACUCGCCGUGUUUCAAGGUUAUAAAGACGUUGCGCUCGACAUUUUGAAGGAGACCGUUCAGGCCAAGCAGAUCGAGAACAUCGGUCUCGGCGCGGUCAUUGCAUGCAAUUCGGUCAAUGAGGACCAGCGACAUCUCUGCUCAUGGAUGGCUGACAUGACGGAUGAACCCUAUCUUAAGGGUCUUCUCGCCUAUUUCAUAAGUGGCGAUUGGACCACUGUCGUCGAAAUGCAACAACUCUCACUACCAGACCGCGUAGGAGUAGCUCUCAAAUAUCUCCCCGAUGACAAGCUCACACACUUCUUGAAGCUUUGCACCCAAGAGACGGUCGCGUACGGCAACAUCGAAGGCCUACUUCUCACAGGUCUCACCACCCGCGCAAUGGAUCUCUUCGAGCACUACAUCGCUAAGUUUGGCGACCUCCAGUCGGCUGUUCUCAUCCUCUCCCGUGUUUGUCCACUUUAUAUACAAGACCACCGUUGGGGCCUGUGGAAAGAAAUUUACCUCAACCAAAUGCAGGUAUGGCGUACCUUUCUCGAAAGAACACGCUAUAUUAAAGAGCACAACCUGAAGAGUGUUUCACGAGACGGUCUUCCAACCUCCAAGCCUACCUCCCCCUCUGUCUCGCUUCGGUGCCACAACUGUCAGCAAAACCUCGCUCUUCGUCGCGACCCACGCAGCUCCCGCUCCUAUCUUGUGCCUACGACGCCCUCUCAUCACCAUCAACCCUCCACGUCGCGCCCGUUGCGUCCACCAAAACCCAAAGGCAGCACAGCCUCACCAUCUCUCGCAUGCCCGAACUGUAAUGCGCAGAUGCCGCGCUGCGGACUGUGCAUGAUGUGGCUAGGCAGUCCCGACCCGAGCAAAGUGGGCUCAGCACAGACACUGAAAGAGGAGGAUCUGGAGGCUAGGUUGAUGGUGUUCUGUAUGAGUUGCACGCACGGAUUUCAUGGGCAUCAUGCGAGGGACUGGUUCGCGAGACACGCGAUGUGUCCUGUUCCGGAUUGUCAAUGUAUGUGUGGAUUGUUGAAGUGA